AUGUGGGCGGCCAGGAGGGCUGGGUUUGACUUUCCCUUUUCUCCAGGGGGUUCCUACAUGGUGGAGCAGGAGGAGAACAAGCGGACGAGGACGGCGUACACCCGGGCACAGCUGCUGGAGCUGGAGAAAGAGUUUCUCUUCAACAAGUACAUCUCCAGGCCGCGGCGGGUAGAGCUGGCUGUCAUGUUGAACUUGACCGAGAGGCCCAUCAAGAUCUGGUUACAGAACCGCACCGCCCCGGAGAAAGACUGCGUGGUGUCCUCCGGGGAACUGCAGAGCAAGGAGGAUCUCCAGCCGUGUCCCCCCGGCAACCUGCCCUCGGGGGCCUCCAGGGACCUGCUCGCUCCCAGCCUCGCCCCCAGAAGGCAGCAGAACUCUCG